AAAGAAAGAGAAAGAAAAGGAAGGAAAGAAAAGCAGAUUGGAUUGAUUGAAUUUAAUUGGAUUGAACACCGGGUGGCGAUAGUGUUCCGUGUCGCUCCUGUUUGAUCUUUAAUAAAAGGACGAAGAAAAAGCCAAGCAGGAAGAGUUUUUUGUCGCACAGUGCCGACGGUUAUUUCCAUUCAGAGCAUCUCUGAAAACAAACUCUACCUUCUUUAACAUUUGAUAUAAAAUGCCGACAUUUUAAUGCGGUGUCGAACAUGUGCGACCGCGGCUAGCUGCGUGACGAAGAGCGGGCAGAAGGAGCGAUGGAGACGGCGCUGCUCGGUUGACUCAGUCCUAUCUGAUGCACCAUGAUCCCUGUGCCUCUGCUGGUGUGUGUGAUGGCUGCCUGGUGUGCUGUCUAUUUGGCCGACACACUGCUGAGGUCGUCGGCAACACACCGGAUCAGCUACGAGUCAUGGCUGGCGAGUCGGGGGCUAAUGUUGUCUCCUUUCCACUUGAGGUGGCAGACCACCAUGUUCAAUCGGCUGUUUGCAUACUGCGCCCGCAUCAACCCCCGAGCCCUUUACCUGUGGUUCAACAGUGGUCUGGUGUUCGGCAUAGUGGCCAUGCUGGGAUCAGUGGUGCUGCUGAUAAAGACGCUGCAGCAGACGCUCGCUCAGAUGACCACAGACAACCCUCGGAUAGGAGGUCAGCAGGCCUUGCAGGUGGUGGUCCCUGGUGUCAAUCUACCCACCAGUCAGCUGGCCUACUUCUUCAUUGCCCUGCUGCUCAGUGGAGUCAUACAUGAGCUGGGCCAUGCUGUGGCAGCACUGAGGGAGCAAGUACGAGUGAACGGCUUCGGCAUGUUUGUGUUUGUGGUGUAUCCUGGUGCAUUUGUGGACCUCUUCACCACUCACCUUAACCUCAUAUCACCCACGCAGCAGCUCCGCAUCUUCUGUGCCGGAGUCUGGCACAACUUUGUUCUGUGUGUGGCAGCGUUAGCGUUCCUCUUCCUGUUGCCUCUCUUUCUGUUUCCCAUGUACUCCACUGGAGGCGGGGCACUGAUCAUCGACGUCAUUCAGGGCUCUGCGGCCGAUGGUCCGCGGGGUCUGUCGGUCGGGGACAUCGUGACUGGGCUGGAGGACUGUCCGGUCAGGGGGGUGGAGGACUGGAGCAGCUGCCUGUCUCACCUCUCUCACACCCCACAGACUGGAUACUGUGUCCCUGCUGCCAGCCUGCAGCCCAGCUGGGCUCAUGGACGGGCUUUCAAGCGUUUGGAUGGAACAAUGGACUGCUGCAGCAACAACAGCCUGACAGACCUCUGUUUCUCUUAUAUGAAACCACUGGGCAAGAACAGCAGGGAGCGAGAGUACGCCUGUAUGCCAGUGCGUAAGAUGGUGACAGGGACGCAAGUGUGUCGUACCGACGAUGACUGCGCUGCGCACUCCCACGCCACCAGCGUUUGCGUUACCCCCUCUCUGGAAAACCAGACUCGCUUCAUCCGGGUCACACACCCUCCGAACACACACAUGCUGUUUGUGGGGUAUCCGCCGCACCUUCAGUACGCCGUGAGUUUGACCAACUUUGUCCCCCGCUUUGGUUUCCUCCACCUGGAUCUGCCAGUCUUCUUGGAGACUUUCUGCAAAUAUGUGGUGUCCCUCUCUGGCGCGUUAGCUGUAGUCAACUCCGUGCCGUGCUUCGCUCUCGACGGUCAGUGGAUGCUGAAUGCUCUGCUGGAGGCCACACUGGUUACUGUGGUGACAGACCGUCAAAAGCGCGAGCUGAUUGGUUUCUUCCUGCUGCUUGCGGGCAGCGCCCUGCUGGCAGCCAACGUGGCACUGGGCCUGUGGAUGGUCACAGCGCGAUAGCCACAGCGGUUAGCUGCCCUGGCAGGACAAAAACCUGAAUGAAUAAAGCCCCAUGUGGACUGAGAAAUGUUGUCAGGAUGCGCUUGAGACGUUUGGACCAUUAAACUGUGAACAUACAGGGAACAGACUGCAUUACCCAGCAGUACUGCCUGAUUUCUGGAGACUGUUGAGCAAAAUAUUACUCUGCCUCUAAGCCCUUACUGGACCACCAGGGAAAACAAUCAACAACUCACUUCUUCCACCUUAAAACCGCCAUAUACACAAAAGCACAUAUACAAGUAAAUAAAGCACUUGCUGUAAAGCACUGUCCUGUGUGACUGUUUACAAAGACUGUACAAUAUUUCCAAAUUUUAAUAUUUGUAAUGUGUUUGUGUUCAAAGUUUGAGAGAAAACCGUCUUGGUUUUUCAAGGGUUUGAUUCCAAAAUGCCAUAUUUAACUUCUGAACACAAAGAAAGUGUUUGUCUUGGCCUAACUUCAGGCAUGUUUGGACAAAAAAAGUUUAAAAAGCCUUAAAUUUAUUAGCUAAUGCAUGGCAAUACCUUGAUUUCUUACCACAUAUUACAGCUGGAAAAAAAUGUGCUACCUAAUAUUAAUGCAACAGUAUUUCAAAAGAACUGCCUCCUCAUAAAUGUCUACAUUCAUCUAUGUUUCAAUGAAGAUAGCUCCUAUAACAUUUUGCAACAUUCAAGAAAUGUUGGAUGGCGGGAAUCCCAUUUUGAAAUGAAACACAUUUGCUCUGUUAAGUGUCUUUCUCCUCCUCUGGCAUAAUGGGAGGGUAGUUGAACUUUUUCCCACUAGUCCACAAAGUGUAAGAUUCAUUUUUAGUCUAUGUCUGUAAUCUGGUUGUAAAAGUUGAUUGUCAAAACUGUGGAAUAAAGGACUGAUUUUAUUUAAGGGCUCUUUUAAAGCUGA